AGGUGCAGUGGGGGCCAGGCUGCUCUCCGGUCAGAACAAACCCGUGACCAUGGAUGUGGAUGAGGAGGAGAAUAUGACUCCUCCCCCCUGCACUCCUCCCCCUGCACUCCCUCAACCCAACCUACAACCCCACUCAUGCACACUGCGGCCUCUCUUUCUCCUGAGUACCGCAAGGAGUAACCUAUCAAGCCUUUGCUGAAGGAUGUUAUAAAUGAAAAUUUUUGCCAAUAUUCCAUCCACUUUGCUAACUGGAUUCAGUGAUAUGUGUUCCCCAGUAGAGAAUAUUUCAGCACCCGCAGUUUCAAACUGAACAUUUAAAGUGUACCUUAUGUCUCUGUAGCCACUCAAGCGAUUAAACAUUGAUAGAGUGGAUGAGGAACAGCUCUGUGUGCGUGUGUCUGUGCGUCUAUGUGUGCUCGUUUUGUGUGCAUUUAUGUUUGAGACCCAUUACACUGUGCAACCUGAGAAAUGCAAAGUAGUUGUUGUAGUUGGAAAUAUAACCUGACCAUCAGAAUAAAGAGUCUUCAUAACUACAACUUUAAUUAUCAAGAUAUAUUCAGAGAUACAUUUCAAAAUGAAAUACCAGAUAACCAAAAUGUAGUCCAAAAGAUACCUUAAGCUGUUUCAUGGCCAUUUCUAACACUCGGCAUAUUUUUGACAACAGUAGAUGUAUUGAUGACGUUCUCCUAUUUGUAGUAAUAUCAGUAGACCAUAGGUUAAUAUGUUCAAUCCAAUUAAAAGCCAGUAUCUCUUGCUUGAAUAAAGGAACACAAAUCAUUGUUUCAGUUCCAAAGAGUGAUAAAGGAAUCUAUAAAUUUUGCAUUUACAAGAUCCUGCAACGAAGGCGUUGUAAGUUACUCUUUCUGGGCACCGCAGGUUCGAGCAGCACCGAUGUUAAAGAAAACCGAAACCUGGACAACGUGUCCUGCAAAGACGGGGUGGGAGUGCCUGAGCAGCUCCCCAAUGGAAGCGGCCUGGGCAGUCGAAAGCGGCCCCUAGAAGAAGGAAACAAUGGGCACGCACACUCCAAGUUCCGGGCCAAGAAGCGCAAGAAAACACCGGGGCCGGUCCUGCCUAAGAAUGCUCUGAUGCAGUUGAACGAAAUCAAACCGGGUCUACAGUACAAACUUCUGUCCCAGACAGGACCAGUCCAUGCACCAGUUUUUGUCAUGACUGUGGAGGUCAAUGGACAGAUGUUUGAGGGUAUGGGCCCGACUAAGAAGAAGGCCAAACUAAAUGCAGCAGAAAAAGCACUGCGUUCCUUCGUCCAGUUCCCCAAUGCCUCUGAGGCACACCUGGCCAUGGGUCGAACACUGACAGUGAACACAGACUUUACAUCUGACCAAGCUGACUUCCCAGACAUGCUCUUCAAUGGCUUUGAGACACCAGCCGCACCUGAAGAGUCCUUCUAUCUCGGCUCCAAUGGUAGCAGCUCCUUAAACUCACUAGGGGAGUACCCACUGCCAACACCACCUGGCAGCAACCUUGCCCAGGCCCCAUUGCCCCCUCCAUCAACAUUCAGCUCGCCCUCCAGUGGCAAAAACCCAGUCAUGAUCCUCAAUGAGCUCAGGCCAGGCCUCAAAUAUGACUUUGUCUCAGAGAGCGGGGAGAGUCAUGCCAAGAAUUUUGUGAUGUCAGUAACGGUGGAUGCACAGACGUUUGAAGGCUCAGGGCGCAACAAGAAGCUGGCUAAAGCCCGGGCAGCGCAGGCAGCCCUCUCAGCUCUCUUCAACAUGCAGCUAGACCAGACACCAUCCCGGCAACCCAUACCAAGAGAGGGAUUGCAGCUUCACCUGCCCCAGGUUCUGGCUGAUGCAGUCUCUCGCCUGGUGGUGGAUAAGUUCAGUGAGCUGACAGAAAACUUCACCUCCCCCCAUGCACGACGGAAAGUCCUAGCAGGGGUCGUCAUGACAACAGGGACAGAUGUAAAGGAAGCACAGGUGAUUUGUGUCUCCACGGGAACCAAAUGCAUCAACGGUGAGUACAUGAGCGACCGUGGCCUGGCACUCAAUGACUGCCACGCUGAGAUAAUCGCCCGACGCUCGCUCAUCAGGUACCUCUACACCCAGCUGGAGUUCUUCCUCAGCAAGGACGACCAGCACAAGUCAAUAUUCGUCCCGUGUGACAAGGGAGGCUACAGGUUAAAGGACAACGUCCAGUUCCACCUCUACAUCAGCACCUCACCCUGCGGAGACGCCAGGAUCUUCUCUCCGCACGAAGCCGGAGUCGAAGACCAAGGAGACAGACAUCCCAACCGGAAAGCACGGGGCCAGUUAAGGACCAAAAUCGAGUCGGGGGAAGGCACCAUCCCUGUGAGGUCCAGCAACACCAUCCAGACCUGGGACGGGGUGCUGCAGGGGGAAAGGUUACUCACCAUGUCCUGCAGUGACAAGAUUGCAAGGUGGAAUGUCGUGGGCAUCCAGGGCUCUUUGAUGAGCUACUUCACAGAGCCAAUCUACUUCUCCAGCAUCAUCCUCGGCAGCCUUUACCAUGCCGACCACCUUUCCAGGGCCAUGUACCAGCGCAUCGCGGACAUCGAGGACCUGCCGCAGCAGUUCACCCUCAACAGGCCUCUGCUCAGUGGUAUAAGUAAUGCAGAGGCCAGACAGCCGGGCAAGGCACCCAACUUCAGUGUGAACUGGACAGUGGGUGACCAGGCCCUGGAGGUGAUAAAUGCAACCACAGGCAAGGACGACAUGGGUCGUGCUUCACGUCUCUGCAAGCACGCCCUCUUCAGCCGCUGGGUGCGACUACACUCCAAGCUCUCAUCCAUCCUGCGGAUCAAGGUGCUGAAGCCCAGCUCCUACCAUGAAGCCAAGCAGGCGGCUGCAGAGUACCACUCUGCCAAACAGGCACUCAUCAAGGCCUUUCACAAGGCCGGCCUGGGGGCCUGGGUCAAAAAGCCCAUUGAGCAAGACCAGUUCACCCUGGGCUCCUGAGGGAGUCGAGGGACCCAAGGGAUUCCUAAACCCCCCACUCCUUCCCCCCUCGACCCAGGCCUGAACGCAAGAGAGCCCCGUAUUAACAACCAGCCCACAGUGACACUUACCUCCGUCCCACGUGUCGGCACGCACGUGCACUUUGUACUUGUGGAAAUAAACGUGCGUAGUUUCACAAACCAUCCAUAGCUCAUCAUUCUCAUUCCUCAGAGGACCUCGGCCUCACCAUGUCUUUUUCUCAUUCUAUUCAUUUUUUUUUUUGUCCUUUUUACUUUGAUUUUAAUGGAUGGUGUUUUUAUUUUCAUCUUUAUUUGUUUUACGUUUUAAAACUGGAAUCCGUGUCUUUAUGCGGUAGAUGUUGAAGUUGAAAUUAUGCAGGUUUUUUUUGUCUAUUUUCUUGAUCGAGUGUAGCCAGUUUAGGGUGAAAUGUAGCCUAGAAACCGAAUCUUUUGUCAACUAAAAAAAACAAUGUGUAUGGACCUGGGGGAGAAAAAAAAAUGUACGCGCUACAAUGAAUGAGGACGAAGUUUAUUUUAAAGAUGCAUAAAUUUUCCGGAUGUAAAUCUAGCGGUGAAAAGAAAGAGAAUCUAAAAUAGUUAUGUAACAUUUAAUGUUUGUCAUUUGGUCCGUUCCUUAGAUGAGACUACAUGUUCGUAGAGCCCUGUAUUAAAGAUUAAAAUGUUCCAAAA